AUGAAUAAAGAACAAAUUGCCUUAACAGCAGCCAUAACCAUGACUGCCAUAACAUCUGCCAUUGCUUUAGGUGUUAUAGCUACGCAGAGAGAUUACAAAGUGUUACUAGAUAAUGACGACUCUGAAGAAAAAAUAGAGAAUGAAACAGAUUCUGAAACAGAUUCAGAACAAACAGAAGAAUGGAAGAAAAAUCAAUGGGUCCAGUGGAAAAACAAAUUAGAAAAUGAUUGGAAUAUUUUUAAUCAAGCAAUGGAAGAAAAAAUGAGCGAAUAUAUAAAAACAAAAGAUGAAGAAUUUACUACAUGGAUAAGAUCUAUAGAAAAUAAAUGGACACAUUUUAAUCCAAAUAUAGAUAAAGAAUUUAAUUCGAAUGUUUUAAGGAGAUCUAUAAAUUGGACUGAACCACAAUGGAGAGGAUGGAUGAAAAAUGAAGGAAGAUUAUAUUUGGAUAUAGAAUGGAAAAAGUGGUUUUAUGAAAAUCAAUCAAAUAUAGAUGAAUUAAUUGUAAAACAAUGGAUUAAAUGGAAAAAAGAUAAAAUUGUAAGUUGGUUAACAAGUGAGUGGAAAGUUGCUGAACAAAAACAUUGGGAAGAAUUUGAAAAUAAAAAAUGGGCUACCAAAUUAUUUCAAUUUGGAGAAAAAAAAAAACAUGAAAUCUUCUUAGAAAGGUCUAGUGAAGAGUGGGAUGAAUGGUUUGAAUGGGUUAAAGAAAAAGAUGACAUAUUUAUUAAUAGUAUACUAGACCAGUGGAAAAAAUGGGAAUUUGAAAAAAAUAUUAUGUAUGACCAAUGGACACAAUCCUUUAUUAACAAAUGGUUAAACAAGAAACAAUGGUCUGUAUGGAUCCAGGAGAGAAGAAAUUUAGUCGCAAAGGAGAAAGCAAAAGCAGCAGCAAAAAAAUAA